AACUGCAAGCGUGGUCGUGUUUUGUUACCGACUAAGUAGUUUUUGCGAAUUUUGUUUUUAUUUUGUGCAAGCUUUUGUUUGCGAAUUUUGUGUAUCUAUUUUUUGCAAAUUGUUAUUUGCAAAUUUCUCUUGCAAAGGAUUUCUAACCUGAGACGUGAACAAAAUCCAGUUUUGGGGUAGCCUUGGACCCAACCGGGUUUGUGUCAGGAUUGAAUAAAAGUCAGCAUCGCACGAGGUUUCUGCUCUGCGUUCCACAGUUUUAUCAAAAUUCCUGGAAAUUUUGUAAAUCACAAUUUUUUUUAACUUGUGACCCGUGACCCUUCCUACCCACUACAUUGAUCUUGCUCAAUUGAGCCGUUUCGUUUUCCGGGUUCUUUCCGUUGGACAAUUUUCUCGUAAAUUUUGUCAAAAAAAGAAAGACGAAGCCAAGAAACCCAUACCGCUUAACUGACCUGACCUGACCUGACCUACUGGAAACGAUAUGUUGGCAAAGAACCCUGAAAACUCAGGCACUCCUACGAAACACACCCCCACAACCUGGGUAGAAGAAUCUUCCGACGAUAGUCAACAACAAUCUUCGGAAAUAGAAUCUGACAUGGACGUCGAAUCAACAGAUGACCAAACUCAAGUCGUACAAAAUGAUGACAAAAAUUCCUCAGACGAUUCUUCAUUUGAUGAGGACGAUUCCGACUCUUCUGAAGACGAGGAUGGCGACAAAAAAUCGUCACGUCAAGAAAUGGACGACAAGGAUCCCGACCUUGAUGAGGACGACCCGGUCAUAAAAUCCAUCCAGGCCGCGCGUGAGAAAAAGAAGGCGAACCAUCCCCCCGAUCUCGACCUCUCGCCGCAUUCCCCCUCGUGCAUGAGUUUCCACCAGAGUGAGGACAUCCUCACGGUCGCUACGUUCGAUGGGGAUCUCAGAAUGUACUCGUACUCUGACGAGGCCAACACCCUUAUAGGCUCGGUAUCCUUGGAGGAAGGUCGAAUUUGCCGUGAGGUGACUUACACCACCGAUGGGGACAAAAUAAUGCUCGCCUCCUGCGGAAAUGGGAACGAUUUGCAUAUCUACGACGUCAAAGAAGGGCUCCGGUUGGACAGGAGGAUCAAACAGGCGACGACAGCCGCCGUUAGCUCACUGUACUCGAUUGACGAGAACACUUUCGCGACGGGGGAUGACGACGGCUAUCUUCUCUUGUGGGAUUUACGUACCAGAAAUUCCUACGCGAAUCUGAAAGUUUCUGAAGACUGUAUUUCGUCCAUGAUAACGAGCCACGAAAAGCGUUUGCUCGCUUGCACGGCGACGGAUGGGUCCCUUUUCGCCGUCCGGAUUCGUGGCGGCUCGAUCGACACGCAGUCGGAAAUUUAUGAGUCGGAAUUUAAUUGCAUUGGACUUUUUAAGCAAGAGUCAAAAAUUGCGGUGGGGAAUGGACAAGGCUCUGUCUACGUCUUCAACUGGAACGAAUUUGGCCGUCACGCCGACAUUUAUACAGGAAUUGGGGCGAAAACGAAGAAAAAGAAGCCGGAAGCGAUCAACGCCUUAAUUCCCAUCACGGAACGGAUCAUCCUCACGGGCGGGGAGGACGGCUGCAUCCGCGCCAUGAACUUUUACCCCCAAAAGUAUCUCGGCCUCGUGGGACAGGUUCCUUACUCCAUUGAAAAAAUGGACGUUUGCAAUGACGGUCACCUCAUCGCGUCGAUUGGAUCGGAUGAAGAGGUGAUAAAAUUUUGGAACGUUUCCUACUUUGAGUCGAUGACGGUCGGGAAGAAAGAAAAGGUCAAGCACAAGUCGAAACCGACGCUGGAGGAUGAGUCGAAAUCCAACCUGCCGUCAUCCUCGAAACAAAAUGCGGCCGAUUUUUAUGGUGGAUUGGUGUAAAUAAUGAUGAAUAACUUGUGCAAUUAUUGGUGGGUUAGUUAGUUAAUUAACUAAUUAAGUUGGGCUGGUCCUGUACAGUUAAUUGUUAGUGUAAUUAACGCAACAAUUUGUUCGGAUUCUUUCUAAUUUUAAGUAAUUAUAAAUGUCUUAAUUAAUUUGUGUAAAUAUUAGUGGAGUAGUUAGUUAGUUAAGUUGGGGUGCUCCUGUACAAUUAAGUAUUUAGUAGUUUUUAGUGUAAGUAACACAACAAGUUUUGUUAAUUUUUUGCAGAUUCUCAUGAUCAUUUUUGAGUAAGUAUUAUGUAAAUUAGUUGAAUAUUUGUAGUUUGUAGCCCUAAAGAGGUUAAUUUGGAAUAUUUCUUAGGGUCAAAAUUUGUAGAACUACUAAUUUUUCUGGUGAGAAACAUUUCAAAAUUAAUAAAGGUAUCGAACUCUAAAUGAA